AUGGCGCAUGAACUUGUUGCUGGUUAUCAAAAAUCUGAAGGGGAACCAAAAUGUGCGUUUAUGAUUGACAUUCGGAAAGCCUAUGGUACAGUUGACUGGCAAUUUCUGUUAGAGAUGCUAAAGGGAAUGGGUUUUCAUCCAGUUAUGAUUAACUGGAUAAAGACUCUAUUCACUUCGCCUUCUUUCUCAAUCUGUUUUAAUGGACAACCGGAGGGUUUCUUUCUUGGUCUUUCGAUGCUUCUUUCAAAAUGUAUUGAGGAGGAGGCAAAUUUUGCGUACCAUCAAGGAUGUGCUGAGAUCAAGUUAACCCAUUUAUGCUUUGCGGAUGAUUUGUUUAUUUUUUCUCGGGGGGAUACUACCUCGGUGGAAGGUAUCAAGCGUGCUCUCCAAUUAUUUGAAGAACGAUCAGGUUUGUCUCCGAGUCUGGAAAAAAGUGAAGUGUUUUUCGGGAAUGUGGGGUUGGAGGUUCAAAAUCUUAUUCGUAAUAGCUUACCUUUUCGGCCGGGGGUGUUCCCUAUUCGUUACCUGGGAGUUCCUCUAUCCCCAGUUCGAUUGAAGUUACUGUCUUAUAGAUUCUUAAAUGGUCAUGGCUUUUGUAAUAACUCAACGGUUUUUGAUGUAAUGCAACAUUUUGGCACUACUUGGCCGGUGGAUUGGAUUCAACAAUACCCUCAGCUGCAAAGUAUAAUAAUACCUUCUCCCAGCCAAAUGGAGGAUACAGUUAGAUGGCUUGAUGCUAAACUUUCUCGGGGAAAUUUUGAGGUCAAAGUGGCCUGGCAAACUGUUCUAGAAGUGAGGCCAAUUGUGCCUUGGUACAAGCUGGUAUGGAAUAAAGCAUACAUACCUAAACAUGCUCUUUGCAUGUGGAUGGCGUGUCGGAAUAAAUUACCAACUCAAGAUCGCAUCAGUAAGUGGAAGGAUUUGAAAUGUGUGUUCUAUAAAUCAGUGAUUGAAACGCACAAUCACUUAUUUUUCGAAUGCAAUUACUCAAGUAGUAUUUGGGAAGUCAUUAAAAAGGAAGUAGGGUUAACGAACUGUUUGAACAAUUGGGAGGAUAUUCUUAACAGGGGUUUAGCUCAACGAUGGAAAUCUUGGUCUACUGUUCAAAAACUUGGUAUAUCGGCCAUGGUUUACCACAUAUGGAGGGAAAGAAACAAGAAGUUCUUUGAUAACUUCAAUCAUACAGGGGACAAAGUUGUUGCGGAGAUCAAGAUGCAGAUUCUUCAAUGUAUGUCUUGGAAGACUAGGAAGAAGCUGAAGAUUACUAAUGCUAUGUGA